CGUCCUGGAACGAGGGGGUGGGGGGAGAGAGAGAGGAUGUGUUGUACUCCACACCACUUCUCUACUCUCCUCCCUCUCCCCCUCCUCUGUAACCAUCUAUACUACUACAAGUUUGUGUGAUCUUAGCUUCACUCUCCUCACACCCCUCCCCCGGAUGUGGACAGCGAAGCUGGCCUGGAGUCCCCUCGUCCAGACAAUGAUGUGUCGUCGCCAUCACCAAGAGCCUCUAGGCCGCAGGACGUGCAGGAUCAGGAUGACCGCUACAACAUGUCCGGUGUAAGGAAGGCCUUCAUCCUCUGUGUCACAGAGCAGAGAAAGGGGGCCAAAAUAGAUUUGCAUAAUCUCAAGGAUAUAUUGCAGACCCUGGGUUUCGAAGUGACUGAGUGUAUCAAUCCGACUGGCAAGGAAAUCCUCUCCUCCCUGGAGAAGUACCGAGACAGCAUCGAGGACAAAGUCUGCUGCUCCUUCGUGUUCAUUCUGGCGCACGGAUUGGAGGGCAAGGUUAAGGGUCGUGACAAUGAAGAGGUUGACCUUGAGGAGAUCUUCGAAUUGUUCAACAACGAGGAGUGUCUUAGUCUGCAGCAGAAGCCUAAGGUGUUCGUCAUCCAAGCCUGCCGAGGAGGUAAGCAAGACAGUGGAGUUUCGUCGACCGGCUUCCGUGCUUUACCUUCGGAACCUGAGGAACUCCCAAUGGUUUCGGACACCUUUGUUGUGUACCCCUCACUACCAGGUUAUGUGGCCUAUCGGAACCCAGAUAAGGGAUCAUACAUGAUCACAUUCAUGACGGAGGUCUUCGAAAGCCACUGGAACCGGGAGCAUCUGUAUGACAUGUUUGUCAGGGUGAACCGACGGAUGGUGAGCGGAAAAUAUCAACAGGAAGGGUACAAGACCACUCUGGUGAUGGAAUCGACCCUGACCAAGGCCAUCUACCUCAAACGCACCUGAUGCUGAAGGUUGCACAUCCCCUCCCCUCUCCCUUCUCCCCACCUGCCCUCUCCUCUCUCCCUCCCUCUCUCCCCACUCCUCUCCCACUCUCCACUCCCCUCCCACACUCUCCCCCUUUCCUCCCUCUCCUCCCCCCUGACCCUGACCCUCCCCCUCCUUUCCUCAGACUCACUUUCGCUCACUCUAGCGUUCUCUUGUUUUGUUGUGAGAGUUCGGGCCCCUGCAGAGUUUGUCGAUUUGGGUGGAUGUCCUGCGGCCCUUCAGCAUCGAGUAAUAAUGAAGACUGGCAAUAAAUCAGAAUACUUUAAUUGAAUGCAGAACUUUCUGACCAUUUAUUCACUUCUGGGGUCUCGCUGUCUCAAAAGGUUCCCCACCCUGCUGCCUGUUUCAGGAGUGGGGUGACCCCCUCACUUUCGAACCACCGUGGGGAAGGGGCUCCCAUUGUGCUGUUGUGGAGGGAGUUUGAGGAGUUAGACCCAUUGACGGUUAUAUAUUUCCAGAAAGGAUGACGGACCUCUUUUGGUGGAGUUUU